CACAGUUUGUGCACAUAAAGGCAGGGAGCAUCUAUACCAGCGGGUAGUUAUUCACCACAACUGUAUAAUGGCAGACACAGCCUAUGUAUUUUACACAGAUGGGGGCGGACAGGAAAUGUGUGCUGGAUACCUUUACAAAUCUCCCCCAGAAAAUCAGUUCAAGAUUUUGAAAUCAUGGAAGCGAAGGUAUUUUGUACUUUUAAAGUACACUGGCCACAUAUUCCAGAUCAACUACUACAAAAGUCCUGAGAAGGGCAAACCACUUGGAGACAUAAACCUGUCUACGGUCACAUAUAUGUUCUUGCAGCCUGAGAUGCAUGACAUGUGGAAAUGGAUUCAGAACAAUUUCAGAUGCUCCCCUACUUGUGUUAUGUUUAUGAAAGCAUUAGAACGAGACUACUUCCUUAUCGCGGAAAACAGUUGGGAGAUGGACAAAUGGUUCACAGCUUUAUUUGAUGCCCUAAGUAAUCGUCCACACAGACUACUAAAUCCCAAGGAAUUUGGCACAUUCAGAAAUAUCAAUGAACUUCCACAAUCGACAAAUGACAAAAACCAGGAAGCUGAGUGGGGACUCGUAAAAUAUGUUACACAUCAGCUGCCAAUGUCAUCAUCUGUGAUCCACGAGCCUGUCAGUCCUGUAGAUUACAAAAGUCAUCAGAACUGAUGACAGCGACAGAGUGUGGAGAAGAUUCUGUUUGCGACACUGCCUGCAUUGACAGAUUGAAUAAGAACUUUCAGGUUUUAUCCUGAACUCCAGUCUUUGUACUUUUUGUUGCCUAUGAGAGGUGAAUGUCACAACAGACUGUGUGGUCAGACCAACAGUUUGUAAAGAAAGACUGAAUGUAUUUUUUUUGUAUUAUAUAUGUAAGAAAAACUGCUUUUUACUUUGAUAAUAUGAUAACAUGCUGCACUGUAUAUGCUAAACCAUACAUUUUUAUAGAAUUGUGUAUAAAAAUGUUGCAAACAAAAUGUUUGAUUUUACACAAAUAAACAUAUUCAGCAAAGAACCACAAAGCUUGAAUUUACUUAUUGAUAGAUAA